ACGGCAACCAUGAAAUGGAUGUUCAAAGAGGAUCAUUCUCUGGAACAUCGAUGCAUAGAAUCAGCCAAAAUCCGCAACAAGUACCCUGACAGGGUCCCGGUCAUUGUGGAGAAAGUUUCCGGGUCCCAGAUCGUUGACAUUGACAAGAGGAAGUACCUGGUGCCCUCCGACAUCACAGUGGCUCAGUUCAUGUGGAUCAUCAGGAAACGCAUUCAACUGCCCUCAGAGAAGGCCAUCUUCUUGUUUGUAGACAAGACCGUGCCCCAGUCAAGCAUCACCAUGGGACAGCUGUAUGAAAAGGAGAAAGACGAAGAUGGCUUUUUAUACGUGGCAUACAGUGGCGAAAACACCUUUGGCUUGUAAAAGAAGCUAUGAUAGUGAGCUGACCUUACCUGCUGACAUCUAAUCAUAGCCCUCACCUGGUCCCUGGAGUAUGCCUUGAGAAACCCCAGUGAAAACACCACAGAAAGAUGGACAGACUACCUGCUCACUAGCCUGGAUGAAACAAAUAAGUUUGCCAUUGGCUUAUUUUUGGCCUGUGUUUCAUCUGUUCAUCAAAGAUUCAUAUAUUUAGUUGUGUAUAGUCUGGUAGCUUUUGCUUGUUUUCACUCUUGUGAUUUGAAGUUUAUGCCCAACCUGUAUGUGUAAAUGACUCACAUUUGGUUUUGCUUUUGUCUUUGAAGACUAUUUAUGAAAUUGGAGUAUUUUAAUUUAAUUAUUUGGAGGUAAGGUAGCUGGAUGACCUAACCAAUAAAAAUGAAAAAUAAACUGCUCCCUUUGUUUUUU